AUGGCGCCUCGUACAGACUUCCCGCCAGUGCGCGCAUGCCUGUUCGACAUGGACGGCCUGCUGCUCGACACCGAAGACAUCUACACAGAGUGCAUCAAUAUCCUCCUCGCCAAGUACGGCCGGCCCAACCUGCCCUGGUCCAUCAAGGCCCAGCUGCAAGGCCGCCCGGGUCCAGAAGCCAACGCCAUCUUCCACCAGUGGGCCAACCUGCCCAUCGAGCAGAGCGACUACCUCACCCAGUACUCGGCCCUGCAGGCAGAGCACUUCCCCCACGCCAAGCCCCUUCCCGGCGUCGAGCAGCUCCUCGCAGACCUCGGCCGCACGCGCUGGUGGGACCUCCCGGCGUCCUCGUCCACCGCCGCCGACAGCCGCGACCCGGCGCGGCACCGCGUCCACGUCGCCCUCGCCACGAGCAGCAACAGCGCAAACUUUGCCGUCAAGACGACCAACUGGGCCGAGCUCUUUUCCGUGUUCCCCUCGCACCGCCGCGUGCUCGGCGACGACAAGCGCAUCACGCCCGGCCGCGGCAAGCCGCUCCCGGACAUCUACCUCCUCGCCCUGGACACCAUCAACCAGUCCCUCCCGCCGUCGGAGCCGCCCAUCAGGCCCGAGGAGUGCCUCGUGUUCGAGGACUCGGUACCCGGAGUCGAGGCUGGCCGCAGGGCCGGCAUGAGGGUCGCCUGGGUCCCGCAUCCGAUGCUCAAGCAGGAGUACGUGGGCCGCGAUGCAGAUAUCCUCGCCGGCAGGAUGGGUGCUGCUGGGGUGGACGUUGACACGCAUCAGCUCGGAGACCAUGACGAUGGCUGGGCAGACUACAUGCCCGAUCUGACAAACUUCCCGUACGAAAAGUAUGGUAUCGUCGUGCCCCCCGCCGAGGUUGAGAAUGAUCCGGCCAUGAAGGACGAGUCGGUGGCUGAAGUUGUCGCCGUCGCUCAAGCGUGA